GGGGCGGGGCGAGGGACCCACCGGCUGCCGGAUCUGCAGGGAGGCGGUGUCUCAGGUUAACGGACAUAAGGACUGAGCAAACAAGGAGCUGAUUGAUGGUCUUUAGAAGAGCAUCGAUGGAGCGUCUGUGGUGGAGAUAAAUGCCAGAUUGCUGAUGAUGAAGGGUGAAAGGUUGCGAGAAGGUGGAGACAAAACUAUGAGUGGAAGAUCUCAAGUCCACAUUUUUUGGGGUGCCCCAGGUGGUCCACUGAACAUGACAAUGUCACAGGAGCGAACUUCUUUAAUAUCCGAUGAUGACCCCUGGAAAAAAAUUCAACUUUUAUACAAUCACCGUUCUUUACAUCCGAGGGAUGAAAAAGGCAUGCACGAAACUCUUGAAGACUAUCAAGUCCUAGAAGCUGUUGGCCCUUCAGAUCUCCCUCGUGGUCAUUUUUUAACAAAGGCGAUGAAUGAACCUGUUCAUGUGAAAGAAGACUUUACACAUUUUAUUUCUGACACGGAGACUGGAAAAUCCCAGAAGAGUCACCUCUUAGGGGUGAGUGAUAUAACUAGUUCUGAUGUGCAAAUACGUGAACUUAAGGGCAGAGUUCAGCAUUUAACUGAAGGUGAAAAGUAUCCAAAGCUUUUCAGUGACAAUAAGAAAAUCACAGAUGAACAGCACAAAGAUCAGUCAAAUACAUGUGGUCAAAACUUUCACAAAAAUGUCUUUCAGUUAGAUCAUAAGCAUGCCGCUGCACUGGAUUUGGUCUGUGGUACAGAACACAUUCAUACAGGGCCGGGAGCUGUUGAAACAGAAUGUGUGCCAACCGGACAUUAUGAGGGACAAAACCAGUGUCUAGGGUUCUUUUCCUUGAAGACGGAAGAUAAGCCAAGGUCUGAACCUGUUAGAAGGGUCUCAGACCUUAAAAUAUCUACUGAUACUGAAUUUCUUAGUAUAAUGACUGCCAGCCAGGUUGUUCUUUUAUCUCAGAGGAGGUAUAAAGGACAAAAUUCUAGAAAUAAAGGGCCCAUAAGUGUGGAGAUUGAACCAAAGGCAAGUCAUGGGGAAAUAAGGAUAACUGAAGAUAAUUUGAUUCAGCCUAAUAAUGAUUUUGCAGGAGAUGAAAGUGGACAAAACCAAGCACAUUCCCUUGAACUCUUCAGUCCUGUUUGUCCUGAAACAAAAAGUGGUGACACUCACGUGAAGCCUGAUAAAGGUCUUGAAGAAAAUAUAGGAUCUCAGGAACUUUUCAAUUUUGAAGACAAAGUGCCCCCCAGUGAUGUAUGUAUUGAGUCCUAUUGCUCAGGAAUACUGUGUUCCCAACUAAAUACCUUCCACAAAAGUUCUACUAAAAGAAAUUGGACCUCUGAAGAUAAAUUGGGCCAUUCCAAAGCUCUGUCUAAAGCCUUCCAACCAUCCAAGAAAAUUAAGUUGGUUUCUGAUGCAAGAGAUCCUACUGCAGCAGUGGGCCAGAGGCAUGUGUCUAGUUUUAAGGGGAUUAAAAAGACAUCAUUAAUAAAAAAUUGUGAUUCUAAAGGUCGGAAGUAUAAUUGUUUAGUCAUGGUAUUAUCUCCAUGUCAUGUGAAAGAAAUAAAUAUAAAAUCUGGGCCAAAUUCUGGCUCUCAAGUGCCUUUAGCAACGAUUGUGGUAACUGACCAAUCAGAAAUUAAGAAGAAGGUCGUUCUGUGGAGGACUGCAGCAUUUUGGGCACUUACAGUGUUUCUUGGAGAUAUAAUUUUGCUCACAGAUGUUACUGUUCAUGAAGAUCAUUGGGUUGGUGAGACAGUACUACAAUCAACUUUUACCAGUCAGUUAUUAAAUCUUGGGAGUUACCCGUCUGUCCAGUCUGAAGAAUAUUCCAAGAUAGUCAGUGAUGCUGUACUUCAAGACUUACUGGCAUACGUGUCUUCAAAACAUUCCUAUCUCCGAGAUCUUCCUCAGAGGCAGCCUCAGAGAGUGAGCAGUAUAGAAUUUGUAGAAUUGGAGGAGCUGCAGCCGGACAUGUUAGUCCAUGCGGUGCUGAGGGUUGUUGAUAUCACUAUACUGACAGAGGCAUUAUACAGUUAUAGAGGACAGAAGCAAAGGAAAGUUAUGUUAACAGUGGAACAGGUCCAAGGUCAACAUUAUGUGCUUGUAUUAUGGGGUCCUGGAGCAGCCUGGUACCCUCAACUUCAAAGGAAAAAAGAUUAUAUUUGGGAAUUUAAAUAUCUUUUUGUUCAGCGCAAUUACAUCCUAGAAAGCUUAGAAUUGCAUACAACAUUUUGGUCAUCCUGUGAGUGCCUGUUUGAUGAUGAUAUAAGGGCGGUUAAAUUUAAAGCAAAAUUCCAAAAAAGCAUGCCCUCCUUUGUGAAGAUGUCAGAUUUGGCAACACACUUAGAGGAUAAGCGUUCAGGAGUGAUUCUAAUCAAAGCCCAGAUUUUAGAGCUAGUGAUACCUGUUACAGCAGCUCAGAAGAUAACUCUGAGUGACCACAGCUCCCUGAGGAGCAUCCUCUCUUCCCUUCCUGACAUCGUAUAUACUGGCUGUGCAAAGUGCGGAUCGGAACUGGAAACUGAUGGGAAUAAGAUCUAUAAACAGUGCUACAGCUGCUUGCCCUUUACGAUGAAGAAGCUGUACUACAGGCCAGCUUUAAUGACCAUCACUGAUGGAGUACAUAAGGUGUGCGUCCAUGUAGGAUCAGAGCUGAUUGAGAAGAUGCUACUCAACAUUUCUCCUGACUGGCUCAGCAGAGUUGUUGACUUGACUUAAGAAGAUGUUAAUGUCCGCUCUUUCCACUGUUGUUUUAAGAAGCCCUUAGCUGUGCCGAGUAGGAACUGCCGUCAGUCUGAACAGCCUGUCCGUGAACUGUGGGUCAUCAAUUCUAGAGUAUCCUCAGCGCCCGUGUCUAGAAGGAGAAGGGGUAGAAAGAGAACUAACUGGAAAGUGGGUUUGGGGCUUGAGAAACCAAGGGGAACAGUGAACCCUUAGCCCUGUGCGUUUCCGUCGCCCGGAAGGGACGCUGAGGCUGUGCGCGUUUCCUCGUUCCGCAGCCCCUUCGUCAGAGGUCACGUACGGCAUGGUCGCCGCGGACCUGUUCCACGCGCUGCUGGCAGGCGGAGGGGCGCCUUGUGCGGUGAAGCUGCAGAGCCUUUUUGUGCUGGAUGAAAACAGCUUCCCCUUGCAG